AUGGCUCUAGUCUCUUUGGCGAAGAUGCAGAAUGACAUUAUGGACUUCAUUGACAUGAGAGUCCUUGGUAAGGACUCAGCGCAAAUGCCUGCGUAUGGACCAAGAGCCAGGUUCACCUACUUCACUUGUCUACCCAAGGAACUACGCCUCAAGAUAUGGUCUUUUGCAACACCUACCGGAACGAUCAUAAAAGCAAAAAAUGAGAUUUGCAUCGGUGAAGAGCUAGACUAUCCGUUAUCCUACAAAGAUGAGUUAUGGACGUGGUCUGCAUCUGAAACUACAUCCUACAACCGGCCAAUCCCUUCUGUACUUCACACCUGUAAAUAGUCUAGAGAGGAGUAUCUGCACUGCGAUUCGAUAACCAGACACCAUGCAACUUAUCUAAUUCUUGUUGGCCCCAACUCUACAGGAACUGAGAUACGACAGUUCUUUUUCUCUUAUGAGUUAGACACAGUCUAUUUACAUGAUUUGAUCUCAUACUCUACCCAAGGUACAGUGACAGUGUAGAUCUUGGUGCUGUGCUCUCAUAACUUCAAUACUAACGUUUUUCACCAGAACGAUUUCGCCGACCGCUUUUUGAAAACCUCCAGAAUAUACUCAUCGAGUACCAUUAUGUUGUGUCAUUACUUCAUCCGCAUCAAGAGCAUUUUUUGGGUGCUUUUCAAAUUCUCCGAAAACUAGGUUUAUAUGACUACUAUGGCAAGAGACCGUUGGACGUUCUCAUAGGCAUCUUGCAAUCGGUUUAUAAGAAAUACGAUACGCUCAUUCAAAUUCAUAAAGAAGCAACACAGCUUCUUCAGCCUACAAGACAGCCCCUCGAAAUCUACUGGGUAACAACAUACCGAGUUCCGACCUAUGGACCAAAGAUGCUAGAUGCUUUUCAGACUGGUUGUGCUUGUAUUCAUCUCGCUAGUAUUCCUGACUGCAUUAGUUCUAUCACGACAAGACAUCGCGGUGGUAAGUCCAAUUGAUGUGAAAAACCAAGAGCAAAACUAAUAUACUAGAACAGCGGUUCAAUGGGUCCUACAGGCUUUGAGGAAGUCAGCUGAACUGAUUUCAUCAAAAACAGUCUCUGAGACCUGA